CAGGUAUAUGGAGAUGCGGCAUCAUCAUCGGCGCAAAGUGAAAGGGAUAUAAGUCCGCUGAUGGCGACACAAACAACCCCACUCCAAUUGUCAACUUUGCGUAGACUAUAGCACAACAUGAUUGAUUACUGGCAACCUGGAACUCAGUACAAUGACGGUGCAAGGGUCCUUUAUGAAGGUGUCCAGUACAAGAUCAUUCAGCCUCACCGGUCCCAGAGUGACUGGACUCCGCCCGUGACACCUGCCCUAUGGGGACGCCUGGAAGGUGGCGAUUGCCAGCGCAGUCCUCAUCAUGAGAAUUCUGGUCAAUGGGCCGGGGACUGCAAGUCCGACCCGUGUGCUUCACCAUGCAACCAACCACCAGCACCACCUCCUCAGCAGCAACAACAGCAACAACAGCAGCCUUACCAUUCUCCUCAAGGCGGCAUUCAACCGACUCAUCAGGGGAGUCAGCAGCACUGGUUUGACAUUGAUGACAAAAGGAAGCAUGAGCUGGAGAUCGGAGGGGGCGUCCUGGCCGGUGUCGGUGCCCUUGCCGCUGGCGUUUUUGCCUACAAUCACCACAACAAGAGUGAAGAGGAGAAAAGGGCGCACGUUUGGUCGCAGGGCAACUGGCUCCGUGAUGCGGAGCAACGUACCCAGGCCUUCCGAAGCGGAAAUUACCCUGGUCCAGUAGCAUGGGUCCUCAUUAAGGGUAAGAACAUCCCACCAAAUGCCAUCGAAGGUGGUUUUGAGCGUGGCGCGCCUUUGUACAUCUGCCGUGCUUACUAUGAGGGUGGUCUCAUGGUCGGAAAGGCAUGCUCUGUCUUCAAAAAAGGAGCUGUGAUCGGCUACAAGAAGGAAGAGAUCCACCUUGAUACAUACGAAAUCCUUGUUGGGAACUCUCAAGCCGUCCGUUGGGUUAACGUUUCUGGUCAAUUCAACUUGGCAGCGCUCAAUGGACUUCGACCUGUCGAAGGUGGCCGGGAGCCCGGAGGUGCUCCUCAAUACAUUGCCCAAGCUCCUUACCACGGAGCCGUGCACCCGGGGAAGGCGGCCGAGUCGUACGGUGAUGGUUGCUUCAUUCCUUACGAUUCCACAGAGAAGAAGGUCAAGGAGUACGCGGUGCUUUGCUACAACUGAUAGGACACGUCGCAAGAAGAUAUAAAUUAGUAGCAUGGGCUGGUGUGUAAGAUGUAACGAUUAGUUCUGCCAAUGUCAAUAAGUACUUUUCGAGAACCACUUUGAAAAUUUCUCUUUAAAGAACUGGAGAAUUGUGCAUACUACUCACCUUUUCAUCAGUGACUUAGACUGCCGCCGUCUGCAUCGCUGUAACAAGCAGUGUGACCAGUUCAAGUCUGUCACCGAGACUGGCUGCACAUUAUUAGGUUAUGGGACCU